AUGGAUCAGGCUGCUUCCAGGGAAAAACAGCACCACAUCCGUGGCCCUCACUUGCUGUUGGGACUCCAUGCUGCCUCUGUGGCCCUCCCUAGAGUGUCCUGGAUGCUGCUGUCCUGCCUGAUGCUCCUGUCUCAGGUGCAUGGUGAAGAUUCCAAGGAGGAACUUCACUCUACACAGAGUAGCUGUCCCCAAGGCUCCUAUGCCUAUCAUUUCCACUGCUCUGCCUUGUUUAUGAAUCCCAAGUCCUGGACUGACGCAGAUAUUGCUGGCCAGAAGCAACACUCAGGAUUCCUUGUGUCUGUGCUCAAUGGAGCUGAGGCAUCCUUCCUGGCCUCUCUGGUCAAGAACAAUAGUAACUCCCCAUACGUCUGGAUUGCGCUCCAUGAUCCCACACAGGGCUACAAGCCCAAUGCGAGCGGAUGGGGAUGGAACAAUAAUGAUCUGAUGGAUUACUUUGCCUGGGAGAGAGACUCUGCCAGCAUCACAAACCCCACCUUCUGUGGGAGCCUGUCACAAAGCUCAGGAUAUCUAAGAUGGAAAGAUUACUGUAAACAGACAUUACCCUAUGUCUGCAGGUUUGAGGAUUAG